GCGCGCGCGGUCCCGGCGGCGCCGAGGGGAGAGCGGCGGCUCCAGUCGGGGCGGCGGCGGCGGCGGCGGCAACAUGGACGACCUGGAUGCCCUUCUGGCUGAUUUGGAAUCCACUACCUCCCAUAUCUCCAAGCGGCCGGUGUUCCUGGCGGAGGAAACCUCUUAUUCCUACCCAACUGGAAAUCAUACCUACCAAGAAGUAUCACUCCCACCACCAGUGCCUCCCCCUCCUUCUACUGAGGCCUUGAACGGGACCGUGAGCAUCUCUUUGGACCAAUGGCAUCCUGUUCUUCCCAGAAAUCCUCACCAACAGCCACAGCCCCAGUCUCCUCUGUUUAGUUCUAGUGCCUCUGGGUCCAGAGAGUGUACCAUCUCCCCUUCGUGUGCAAGCGACGAAGAACACGUCUAUAGUUUCCCCAACAAGCAGAAGUCUGCAGAGCCAUCUCCAACCCUGAUGAGUUCCUCCUUAGGCAAUAACCUGUCAGAACUGGACCGACUCCUCCUGGAAUUGAAUGCUGUCCAGCACAAUCCCCCACCUGGCAGUCCCACAGAUGAAGCUCCCGGAAUCCCCUCGCGGCCUGGUGGGACCGGCUCUCACUACAGCCUCUUGGAGAACACAACCACUCUGAACGCACAGCCGACAGCUCCGGUGAAGGAAAAGCCCAAGUGGAACGGAGGGCCAGGGGUGGAAGAGGCGUGCCCCAGCGUGGAGAGCCUCCUGGACGAACUGGAGAGCUCCGUGCCCAGCCCAGUACCAGCUAUCACUGUGAAUCAGGGAGAGAUGAACAGUCCCCAGCGGUUCACAUCCAGCCAGCAACAGACCCGCAUAUCUGCCUCUUCAGCAACCAGAGAGCUCGACGAACUGAUGGCUUCUCUUUCAGACUUCAAGUUUAUGUCCCAGGGAAAAGGCGGUGGCAGCUACCCAUCCUCAACUCCUCCAAAGCCUGGCAGCCAGUUGGACAGCAUGCUUGGAAGCCUCCAGUCUGACUUGAACAAACUUGGGGUCGCGACAGUUGCCAAAGGCGUAUGCGGAGCCUGCAAGAAGCCAAUUGCUGGACAGGUUGUCACAGCAAUGGGAAAGACGUGGCACCCCGAGCAUUUCGUUUGCACCCAUUGCCAGGAGGAGAUCGGGUCCCGGAAUUUCUUCGAGCGUGACAGCCAGCCCUACUGCGAGAAGGAUUAUCACAACCUCUUCUCGCCUCGCUGCUACUACUGCAACGGUCCCAUCCUGGAUAAAGUGGUCACGGCCUUGGACAGGACAUGGCACCCCGAACACUUCUUCUGCGCCCAGUGCGGAGCAUUCUUUGGCCCUGAAGGCUUCCACGAGAAGGAUGGCAAAGCCUACUGCCGCAAAGAUUACUUCGAUAUGUUUGCUCCGAAAUGUGGUGGCUGUGCCCGCGCCAUCUUGGAAAACUACAUCUCUGCCUUGAACACCCUCUGGCACCCCGAGUGUUUCGUGUGCCGGGAAUGCUUUACUCCAUUCAUCAACGGCAGCUUCUUCGAACAUGACGGGCAACCCUACUGUGAGGUGCACUACCAUGAGCGCCGCGGCUCGCUCUGCUCCGGCUGCCAGAAGCCCAUCACGGGGCGCUGCAUCACUGCGAUGGCCAAGAAAUUCCACCCGGAACACUUCGUCUGUGCCUUCUGUCUCAAACAGCUCAACAAGGGAACCUUCAAAGAGCAGAACGACAAGCCGUACUGUCAGAACUGCUUCCUGAAACUCUUCUGCUAAGGCCCAGCUCACCAUCGGUGGUGUCUCCUGCCAGGAAACCCGGCCUUGUGGCUUGUCACCCAAGUUCAGUCACUUGAGGCGUGAAUGGGUGGAUGUAGGAGAGGAGGAGGAGCAGGAUUAGCGUGUGUGUGGAUGUGAAUGAGAUGCUCACAGUUGCUCUGGGACGGUGGGAAAUCCAGAGAAAGAGGCACAAUGGACUAUUGAGGUUGGACCUUCUCCAACCUGCCCCCCCCCAUUAACAGGGGAACCACACCUCCCAGAAUUCUGAGCCAGCGUUGCUUGGGAAUUCUGGGAACUCUGGUUCCACAAGACAUUGGGGAGACGCCAAGUUGGAAGACGUUGAGUCAGAAGCAGCGUUUGAACGGGAAGGUUGCUUUCCUUGUACCUUAGUGACGCCUGAGCCAUGAAGGGAGUUGGGGUUGGUUUGGUGAGCAGUGGCCAGGAGACAAGCAGGGUGAUUUUGGUUUGGGGAUAGGGAACAAGGAUUCUCCCAAAGAGGGUGAAAUCUUGUGGGUGCUGUGUUGGGAGGACACUGGUUUCUGGAGUCCUUACGUUCUCCUUCCGUGGUUCACGGAACAGUGGUCAGAAUUCUAGUAGGUGCCCAUAAAACCUCUCACUGUUGCAUAAAGAGUGGGUGGACCUUCCCCUUAUCUUUCUUUUCUGAGAUUUUCCAACCGUUGUUGGCAGCCCCUAUCUGAGAAUUCCUUAGAAUGCAGGGGUUCUCCAUGGGUUGGGAAAAAAUCCGCUUCCAGAUGGGGAGAGGUCGUCCCAGUCCCCUGGAGCAAAGCUUUUCGACAAAGGUCUGACCUAUUUUUGUGGUUGCACCCGAGAGGCAGGAGAAAUGUAAAACCACCAAUCUUGACUUUUCUGCCUCUCAGUUUUCCUUCCCCAGCCCGUCUCUCGUACCUGUGAAAGAUGCUUCACAGAGAUGACUUUCUGAGCAAUAAUGACUUUUUAUAUUGACUUAGCAAUUUCAUAAAGCCCUUGGUGUUCUGCUCAAGCCCUUUUUCUCUCCAUGGCGUUUUGACUGUGAGAGAAAUGGUCUUUUUGCUAUCAAACCGAAUACUGUGUGUUUGGGUGAGGAAUGCUGGUUUUUUUUACACUGGGUCUUGAAUGCAUAACAAAAAAGCUUUUAAAACUCUUGUAUGAGAUUUUAGUUUUAUGAACUCUUUUGACAGAUGCUUUUAGUAUCUGAUUGUUCUGGGCAGGGCCCUAGCUGUGUUGGUGCCUGUAUCCUUGAUGCUUUGAUAAAACCAACUAUUAAUUAUAUAUAUAUAUAUAAAAAGUCUUUUUUAAACUGGGGGCCGGAGAAGUGGAGUCUAUGAGGAGUGUGUGUGUAUUUUCUUUUUUUCUUUUUGCUUACUGAGUCAUUGUCUAUGGAUCAGAACUCAACUGGAAUGGAUUUUGUAAAAGGAAAACUUACAAACCACUGUAUUGGGAAGUCGUUCGACUUUCUCUUCCCGAGUUAAGAGCCUUAACUUCCUUUGGCAGAUAAAAAAGCACAAGUGGAAACCCACUGGGUUUUAAGUUUCAUAGUCUGUUUCAGAUGUUGCUAUUGGGUUGUUUUUUUUUGCAACAUGUAUUUUAGCCUUUGAUCAACAUCGAUCAAAAACAUUUGAUUGAUCCAAAAAAGCAGACCCUGCCCCUGCGGGAAAAACGCUGGGAAGAAAAAAAAAUUAGCCUUUGAUGGUUAGACUUUUUCUUCUUCUUUUUUGGCCAUGCAUGCUCUAACUCUGUAGUGGGAGAUGCUGCAGCAGUGCGUUGCAUUUAGCCAUGCCGAUGUCAUGUCUCUCUGUUGACAAGGAAUCAGGCAGCAAUUCAAAAGGGAAUAAUGGCAGAAAUACACCUCUGGCUGUGGGUCCCAGGCUGGUGGAGGCAGGCCAGGAGGGCCCUAAAUCUGGACUGCUUGGGGCCUCCCUUUAAGGUCAUAGAAUGAAAACUGGGAAGGGACCUUGGAGGUGAUCUCUCCCACCUCUGGCCUUGUGUGGAAAUCCAUGACUUCACGGAGAAAGGUUCUGCACGACUCGAUGUGAAUUGGCUCCUUCUCUUUAACCGCAUGCUGAUGGCAGGGCCUUCAUCCGCUGCAUCUUUGCCUGAUGCUGUCCGAGCACUUUUUAAGGGACCGGUUUUUCAAAGCCUGGAUUUGGGAAGAAGGCUCUUUUGAAAGCUGGGGUGUUUUAUCUAGCUUUCAGCGUGGGAAAACCAAUCAAAUGGUUUGGCAGGCUCUCUGUUAGGAUGAAAAUGUGCCUUUUUUUUUUCUUUUGGGGUGGAAUAUCCUGUGCUACUGUAGCUUUGGCAUUAUAGGCAGUUUUUUCUGUGCUUCACACUUUUUUUUUUAAAUAACUCUUUUAAGUGCCUCAAAAUGAAGUGGGUCUUGGUUAAAGCUUCAGCUGUUCUGCUCAGGAGGAGAAGGGGGGUUUUUCCUGUGGAAUUAUAUUUCUCUCCCCCUUCUCCAUUUUCCAUACUCAUUUUUAAAUACGUGGCCCCCUUCUUCCUUCUUAAAGUUCCUGUGAUGAUGCUAAUAAAAAUUUCAAGACAG